CGCCAUCAUAGGCCUAGCAGCGGGCGGCGUCCCUCGCAACUGCUGGCGUUUUGGGACCGAGUGUACGGCAGUAACGAUCUCACUGGCCAUUGUGCGGGCAGACGCGCUGAGAAGCAGACGUGUGUGUGGCGAGAUGCUGAGCUUAACGUUACAACUCUGCGGUUUGGAAUAGAGGAUUUUGUUCACUGCUCACUCUCUCACAGUCUCAGUGUUGAUUUUGUGCCGCGCGCGAACUUAGCGAGUAAAUCAACCAACUCGUUUUGUUGUUUUCCUUUUAGCAGAUGUUGUGUCAUUAUUAUCAUUAGCAUUUGUGGAGAAUAUAUACUGAGGAAGUGAUGAUAUUAACUUUGUGUGGUGUUUGACGGUAGUUAUUGGUUGCUUGACUUGCGAGAAAUUGUGUUUAUUUUGACAACCACGAAUGCUACUUAGAGAGUUUGUUUGCUUUUUAUGACUUCUCAAUCAUUGAAGUUGAAGUAGAUUCUAGAUCUAUAUAUCUAGAGACUGAAUCUAUGCUACCUUUUCUGAAGUCAAGACUUUCAUAGUAUGUUGUUGGUUGACGAAGUUUACGACAAAGUAGACCAGUUCUGUGCACAGAAGGACAUUGACUAUUAGUCUAGAUCUAAUUCUUGUACUGGAAAUCGGGAAUUCAAAGUUUUCGUGUUCUGUCUUUGAGCCAGAUUGCGAGAUACGACAUUCUCUUUUGGACAUUACUGCUCGUGUUCUUCUUUGAGCUAGAUAGCGGGGCGCGACUAGAUUCUAGAAGUUUUGGGACUUUUCUUCGUUCUCUCGACUUCUGUGAUCACGGUGACGUGAUCCACACCUCAGGCGCCAGUGUGUUUUUCCUACUGUGUUGCAUGCGUGGUAUUCUUCUCUUCCGUGAGAAGCGACGAGUGAUGGCGGUCGGGGAUGGAGCCGCGGCCGACCGUGAGGUGGCUCGCCUCGUGUCCCAGUGCGACUUCUACGUGGAUUUGAACCCCAAGAAGCGCCGCAGUAGCCACCACGGGGGAGAGGGGUGUUGCGGUGGUGGUGGUAUCGGUGUCGGUGUCGGCGAGGUGGUGGAGGUGUCGUCGCCAGAGGAGGACGUAGAGAACCAGGAGGUGGUGGAGGAGGGUAGCGGCGGCCAUACUACCUGCGGCGGAGCCGGCGGUCACAGGGGGCUCCGGGUUCGGUUCUUAUCCAUGAGACAGAAAAAAUCCAAGCGCUCCUUGUUGAGAGUCUCUGCGUCUCUGGCCAAUCUUAUCUCCCCUAGCCGAGGCAGAAACGUAAACUUAUCCUCCAGGCUUCAAGAACUCCGCCGACCAGAUGGAACCACUCACCAAAUCGGCAGCCAAGUUCGUGACUGGAGUAAAAGCCUGCGUGUGUAUGUGGAGUACUGUGCCAACCAAAUCAAAGCUAAAGCCAUCUUUGACGAGAAGAAGAACGAGCCUGCCAUCGACGACUUCUUUCAGCGGUGUCUUGCCUCUCCCUUCAGCAGAAAGCUGGAUUUGUGGACGUUACUUGACGGAGCCAGAGGUCGCUUUGUCAAGUACCCUCUCCUGGUCCGCAGCAUUCAGAAAUAUACUCCAAGCGACAGUGAUGACUCAAUACACUUAGAAAAAUCGGUGCAUCAGCUGGAGGAGAUCAUCAAAGAGGCAGACCACAAGACGGGCCAGGCCAAGUGCGAACAUUCCAAGUCCAGUCUGCACUACCUGUUUGACGACCAGAAAGUGGCCCAGAUCCAAGAGUCGUCGGCCCUGCUGUGUAGUGGCUGCAUGAAGAACAACAAGAGCACUAAAUUGUACGUGUUUCUGUUUGACAAAGUGGUGGUCAUCUCGCGAUCGACCAAUCAGAGCGGGCGACAGAUGUACCAGGUGUACCGGCAGCCAAUCCCCACGUCAGAACUGCUGGUGGAGGAUCUGCCCGACGGGGAGGUCAAGAUCGGCUCUUUCCGCAACGCUUUUGGUCAAGGCAGCCAGACAGCGAAGAACCUGAUCCGACUGUCGUUCGUGGAGAGCGACAAGGGCCAGUCGCACACGCUGAUCGCCAACGACGAGCACGACAAGCGCCAGUGGAUGCAGGCCUUUGCCAAGGUCACGAACAACAUUGUGGUGCUGCCGGAGAGCAAGAGCAAGGAGAAGCAGCAACAGUUGAGCAGCACCAGCAACAGUAGCUGAGUCAGCAGCACUCGCAGCACCUCUGUGCCAUGGGGGGGCUGGGGGUGGGGAGGGGGGGGGGAUACAUGCUCAUGAGAAAGGGUACAGGGAUCAGGGAUUAAUUUUUUUUUUUUAAUCUCUCGUCAUUCCGGAUGUCUGUCUGUGGACCUGUGUUAAAUUUGGCUUUUUUCCCCCUCAAGACUCAGUUUGUUCGUUCACACGUGAAGAUGUAAAAGUUUCCAUCAAGUUAUAGAAGACCAAACUAUCAAGAGGCUUGCAGAAAUUUUCUUCGCAGUCGUUUCUUAAAGAUCUUGGGCAGUUUUAUGAUCUUACGAAAUAUCAGUCAUCCAAUUGUUCUGUAACAAUGCUUAGAUGGGAGAGAUAUCAUUUGUGAAAAAAAAUGAAAAGGGAAAAAAUGUGAACAAGCUUUAAUAUGAAAUUGUAACUGAAGGCAAAAACUUGUGAAAGUAGAACUUGGAUGGUAGUCCACGAUAAAUGUACACCUGGUUGUUCCAGAUGAAAGCUCUUCGCUCAAGGGUUUUGAAAUUGACAAGAGUUCUGCAGGCAGACUGAUGCUAUGUUGUAUGUAUUCCACCAAAUAUCAUGAUGUUUCAAUGAGAGCUGGUAUUUUGUUGACAUUUCAAUCACAUAGUCAUACAGCCAUACUUUCAGCCUUCUCUAUGAUUAUGAUGCAGAUAUUUGGCCACAUUCAUCUGUUCCAUCGUAUUGUCCGAUCUUGUCGCUUCCCUUCACAAAUCUGACUGACAUUUUUGUCUCAUUAUCAUGCAUCAUCAAAUGAAUAACAAGAUAAAAUUUGUUCUUUUUAAUCUAAAGGCUUUGUUUUAUGUUCGUGAUUGAAGAUUUUGUUAAAGCUUCAUCAAUGUAAGAGAGUGACAAAAUUUCAAGCUGCUAGCAAAGUAGCGUGGUUGUCUCUUCUCAGAAAAUGUUAGUGUUUAUUAAAAGACAUUAGUAAAGUUAUCAGCUGAUUGAAAGUAACCUUCUUUGAUCAUGUCACGAAGGAUAACAAAUUGUCAAUAGAAAAAUGUUAUUGUGAAUAUUAACGGAGUAGGAAAAAAAUUUCCAUAAAAAAUGGCACAGAAGGCGUUCACAAACUGAACGCUCCAGUUGUUCCCACGCACAAACACAAACACAUUUCUGCUUUUGAUUCCCUCAACAAACAUUUUCCUUGUAGUCAUCUCAAGCUGACUGAAGGGAAAUUCUAAAA